AUCGGUCUGCGCAGCGCCGCUUCAAGCCGAACACAGUACACCUCCUGCUGCUGUGUAAGCAGAACAGUACAGUAGUAACUCACAGAUCCCAGUGUUUGGCGGCAGGGGCAUCUUUAUCUCACUGAAAAACAUCACACAUGUGCUCUUAGGCACAGUACAGCGUCAGCGAAGAACAUAUACAUGAGGUGACAUUGAUCACAAAACACAGAACAAAAGGCAGCCUCUCUGUAACUGUACUGACCCUGUAGAUGUGUGUUAGACCAGGUGUGUGUGUGCAGCUAAUCCCCCUCAAUGGUGACGGCUCUGACUGACAGCACAAGUGAUUGCCUCUAUGUUUGCCCCAUGGUGCCCUUGUAAGUUUAUCUGAGGGUGUGUGAGAGAAGCAAGCGUCAUGUCGAGGGCGGACAGGGCGAUUAACAGUGAAGCGGGUGACUGGGGAUACAGUGAGGAUGCUGGUGAAAGAGCAUGGCUCUUGCAGAGCCCCAGUGUGGACUCCAUCCAACUACCCAAUCAAUCAGACGAAAGAAGGGGAGGGACUUCAUCACUCGGGGCUGUUUUUAUUGUGGUGAAUGCUGCUCUGGGAGCCGGACUUCUUAAUUUUCCUGCUGCUUUCAACAUGGCUGGAGGCAUCACAGCUGGAGUGACCCUGCAAAUGUGUAUGAUGGUCUUUAUCAUCACUGGGCUGGUGAUCUUGGCUUAUUGUUCUCAGGUGAGCAAUGAAACAACGUAUCAGGAGGUGAUUCGUGCAGUGUGUGGGAAGGUUCUGGGUGUCGUAUGUGAGCUGGCCAUUGCUGUUUACACAUUCGGCACCUGCAUAGCCUUCCUUAUUAUUAUUGGAGAUCAGUUAGACAAGCUGAUUGGCGCUAUAAAUCACGAGUCAGAGAAAGCAAUUAGUUUGCACUGGUACACGGAUCGUAAGUUCACCAUCACUUUGACCUCAGUGCUGAUCAUACUGCCUCUGUCCAUACCCAAAGAGAUCGGCUUCCAGAAGUAUGCCAGCGCCCUGAGUGUAAUUGGCACCUGGUAUGUGACAAUCAUAAUCAUCAUCAAAUACAUCUGGCCCGACAAAGACGUUUCUCCAGGAGUCAUCCCAGUCAGCCCUGCUUCCUGGACCAAUGUGUUCAAUGCAAUGCCCACAAUCUGCUUUGGUUUCCAGUGUCAUGUCAGCAGCGUUCCUGUUUUCAACAGCAUGAAGAGGCCUGAAAUCCGGCCUUGGUGGUCAGUUGUUACAGUCAGCAUGAUCAUCUGCCUCUUUGUGUAUACAGGGACAGGUGUGUGUGGCUUCCUGUCAUUUGGCUCAAGCAUCAGCCAGGAUGUGUUGAUGUCAUAUCCUUCUAAUGACGUUGCGGUGGCCAUUGCUCGAGCCUUUAUCAUCAUCUGUGUAGUUACCUCAUAUCCAAUCCUGCACUUCUGUGGAAGGGCAGUGCUGGAAGGUUUGUGGUUGCGUUUUAAAGGAGAGGAGGUGGAGACGGAUGUGGCCAGGGAACGGAGACGAAGGAUACUGCAGACACUCGUCUGGUUUUGUCUCACGCUGAUUCUUGCUCUCUUCAUUCCUGAUAUAGGACGAGUCAUUUCACUAAUCGGUGGUUUGGCUGCAUGCUUCAUUUUUGUUUUUCCAGGGUUGUGCUUGAUUCAGGCAAAGCUCUCAGAGCAUGAUGUCAGAUCAGCCAGUUGGAAGGGAAUGGUGGCCUAUGGGGUUGUUAUGGUUACGAUCGGUGCUUUCAUCUUUGGCCAGACGACUUCAAAUGCCAUCUACCAAGAUAUCAUCAAUCAAUAGAGACCAACUAAAACCAUGACUGUCCAAAUCAUGUCUCCAGGAGACUGUUGCAAACGUCUCCUAUUGUAAAGCACAGCAGUUCCACAGAAGUUUGUUCCUCUUGAUGUAGUGGAUCAUCCAGCAUUAUGGCUGUUUGUGAACGAAGGACCCCUGUGACGGACGCUAUACUUUCCCUUUUUUAAUUUGUAUAUAUUUACUGAUUUUAUGGAGGCCUUAUAUACUUGAUGUGGCAAAUGUGGUCAGAGUUCAUAAUGUUUACCCUUAGAAUCGUAUUGCAAACUUAUUUCUUGAUGACUUGCACUUACAAGUAUGUAAUUCUACUGUUCCAUGAGAUCUGAGAAGACUAAUAGUGUGUAUGUGUGUAUACCACUUUAGACCAGAAGUGACAAUUAUUUAAACUGUAUUUCGGAAAAUACUUGAUUAAUGAUUUUUACUUUAAUUUGAUGAGUACAACGAUCACUAGAUGAACUUAAGAACUAUUUUGUGUUUAUUUUGUUUUUUGAGUGGUGGGUGGGGGGGCUUCUGGUAUUGAAGUAAGUGUGAGAAUUUCUAUUGUAAGUUUCUUUGAAUCAUUCAGUUUACCAGCUGAAACCAAACAGUUUAAUUGUGUAAGGGUGUAUUCUUGGUCCGCUUCCAAACGAACUUUGGUACGGAUGACCUUAAGCACGUGUGUGUGUUUUUUUUUUUUUCUGGUUCACUUGCAAUAAGGGCAGUGUGAAAGCUAACCAAACCAAACAAAAAAAAAUCAGCAUUUUAUUUGGUCCGGACCAAAGCAGGUGAACUAGUGGACUUUCCUGGUGUGAAUACAUCCUCAGUCACAUUGGUGCGCCGGUGACCCCUUUUGUACCACAUUCCAGUUAUCUACUGUGCGUACAAAUGAAAAAUCCUCAAGGAUUCAAUCAGUAACACUAGAUGCAUGUUUGCUUUAACACAAUCAUGUAUUAUUGUAUGGUUUACUGUUUCAGUGCAAUCACUAAAGGGUUGUUCAAUGAAAAAUCAACAAAAUGCUUCUGUGCUCCAUUGUGAUCCUUUUUUUUUUGUUCUUAAACUGGAAGAUGCUGUUAAACACUCAUGCCAUGCAACCUACGUACAAAAAAACGUUUUAGUACACAAAUUAAAUUGUUGGCUACAUAAUGAAGGCUCAGUUUAAAGUAGUAAUAUUUAGUAUAUUUGAAGACACACACAUGCCAUUUGGGGCAGGGCCAUGAUGGGUUUUUCAAAAUCUCUUCUGAAACACUCCUUCAGGAUCAGUUAGAUUUAGUGUUUUA